AUGAAGAGUCUGAAAUAUUGGCUAUUAGAGCACCCUUCUAUUGUAUCGUUCCGGUGGAGUCCUACCCAAUCAUGGGGCUCCACGUGGUGGUUCCUCAUCUCUGCCAUCUCCUUUUACAUCGCCGCCGCCGUAACCCUUUACCUCAUCCUCAAAUUCUGCCGUUGCAGCCGCCCUAUCCCGUUGGGGCCCAUCCCCGCAAUCCACAGUAUCGCCAUGUCCUUAAUCUCUGUCACCAUAUUUAUUGGCAUGUUCUUCUCUUCCUAUGCUGAAGUACAAGACACUCGCUGGCUAUGGCAGCGUACCAGAACAACCCCUUUUGAAUGGUUACUCUGUUUCCCACUUGGUAUUCGUCCCUCUGGUCGUGUCUUCUUUUGGUCCUACGUUUUCUAUCUCUCUCGUUUUCUCCACCUGUUAAGGACAUUCUUCAUCAUUUUGCGUCACCGAAAGCUCUCAUUUUUCAGGUUAUUUAAUCACUCUAUUCUUCUUCUCAUGUCAUUCCUAUGGCUGGAGUUUUCACAAUCCUUUCAGGUGCUGGCUAUACUGUUUUCAACAUUGGUUUAUUCCAUGGUUUAUGGGUACAGAUUCUUGACAGAAAUUGGGUUACCUGGCAAAUCCUUUUCGUUCACGGUGAAUUGCCAGAUGUUGUUAUUGGUUUGUAACUUGGUGUGCCAUGUUGGGGUGCUUUCGUUGCAUUUUUUGAGAGGAGGGUGCAAUGGAAUCGGCGCUUGGGUUUUCAAUUCUGUGUUGAAUGUUGCUAUUCUUGUGCACUUCCUUAAGUCCUACGUGGAAAUGCAUUGGCAAAGGAAGGCUACACAUAACUCUUCUUCGAAAAGCGAUGAGGGUUCGGCUAAGCAAUCUAGACACAAUGCCAAGUUGAAGACUUAG